UUAUGUUUGUGUCUUUCUUUUAUUCUCUUUCUCUAGUACCUGAUUUUUCUUGCUCUGUCUUUUUCUCUUUCUAAUCUUAUCCUUUUACCCAUUUUUCUUCUCUCUUCUUGUUGUGUCUCUCUUGUAGUCAUAUUGAGAGAGACCAAAAUUUUUCUCUUUCUCUCUCUCUCUCUGUGAAAACAUCACCUCAUCGCUCUCUCCCUCUUCCUCUCUCUCUCUCUUUCUCUUUCUGAAUCACCAUCAGUUUAUCAUCACUCAUCUCUCAAUUUCACAAUUCUCAUACUAAUCUUCAAUUUUCUCUCUCUCUCUCUCAUCGACCAUAAAUACCAAUAGAGAGGCAAGAAUUCAGUGAAAAAGGAGUAAAAUCAAGUGUGUGUUCAUCCACAUCACCAUUGGGAUUAUUUAAGAAGAGAGAAAGUGAAAAAAGAAAAUUGCAAAUUCUUUUCUAUCAAUUGUGUACCCUGAUUACCAUCACACCUCACCCACUGAUUGAAACACCAUAUAGAUCAUCAUCUAAAUUUGAAUCUAUUGUUUAAAUGUUAUCCAGAGCUUAAUUAUAAUUCUGUGUGUGUAUAUAUACAAUCAUUUUCUCAUUUAUAUGUUGCUCAAUUGUUGCAACACCAUCACCAUCAAUAAAAGUGGAAAAUCAGUUGAAAAUGAAACCUUUAAUAUCUCUCUAUGGUUAUAUUAGGCUUCUUGUGAUUGUUGUUCAUAAUAUUUACCAUGUUUUCAGUUACAUUUUUCUUAAUUGGAUUGUACUCUUACCUCUCAAACUAAUUACACCACAAAUAUAUAAUAACAUUGAAAAUUAUCUAUAUGAUUGGUGUCUUUACACUGUUUCCUCAUGGUCCUGGUUAGCCGGUAUUUUUGUCUAUAAUAUUGGAGCUGAAUUACCUGAUGCAAGGAAAAAUGGACUUGGAGGAGUUAAAAACAACAACACUAGUAAACCUGUUAAAUUGUGCCUUGUUGGUAAUCAUCAAUGUACCGGAGAUGUGCCCCUUUUAAUGUACAAUUUAACUCAUAAUCCUGAACACAUUAUGAUGUGGGUUAUGUCAGCUGAGUUUAAAUAUUCCAAUUUUGGUCCAGUAUCUGUAACCCAUGAAGAUUAUUUUCUAAAUCAGAAGAGUUUUGUCAAAGGUGAUUUGGUUAAACAUUGUCUUGGAUUAAGUGAUCAACGUAAAAAUUGUUUUAUCCUUUUCCCUGAAGGAGGAUUUAGAUAUAAAAGAUUGCUCAAAAAUAAUGAAUUCGCAAUGAAAAACAAUCUACCCCUUCUUAAUCGUACCGUUUGGCCUCGAUAUGGAGCUUUUGAAGAGCUUUUAGAUGAAAGAAUUGGUAUUACUCAUAUAGUCGAUUUUACAAUAUUUUACUGUGAUCAAGAAAAUCCAAUCAGCAUUUUUGACAUUGCCAAAGGAAUUAGACCUGAACCCGUUUACAUUUUAUUUAAAGUUUACGAGAUAUGUGAAGAUCUUGUUUGUGAUGAAAAUGUUAACAUGGACUCAAUAUCAACCAUAUUAUGUGAAACAAAUAAAUUAACUAAUAACAUUGAUCAACAUCAACAUCAACAACAAUCUAACGGACUAUCACCUUACCAAUCAGCAUCUUUUGCUAACAUUUCCACUGGUACUGCGACCUCUUCACCCUACGUUUAUCGGAUAAAACGAAGCAAGAUUAACAUUGAAUGGCUUCGAAAUCUAUGGAAGGAAAAAGAGUCCCUAAUGAAUGAAUUCUACACCGAUAAAGAAUCUUUUUUCAAAACACACGGUCAAGGUCGUCGUGUUGACCUUUCCAUUAGUAAAAUAUUCGCUGUCCACUUAUUUUACAUCUUUAUGUUCACCAUUUUUAUUUACUGUUCACACUUUUUGUACAAUCUCAUCACUUCCCAAAUUUCAUCUCAAUUGUCUUGAAAGAAACAAACAAAGAAACAAACAAGAAGGAACAAAAUAUGAAGGAAUCAAUCGUCAUGAGAAAACAAAGGUCCAAAUGCUUAACGAAUGAUCAAAAGAUGUUUGUUGAAUUUUCUCAAAUUCUGAUUUCACUUCAUCAAUUAACCAUAUUCACCAUUAACCAUACAGCUUCAUGAUUAUAUCCUUUGGUUCAUCAUCAUCAUCAAUAUCAUAAUCAUCCCGAUUAAAAGAAAACCCCUGAUUUUCACUUGCCCUGUGUAAUCAACUAUUUCACUUUUCGGAUACAAAAAAAAAUACUUCAAUCAUGUUGGCAUAAAUUGAGAACCUUGAUCAUUAUCAUCAAAACUAAAUGAGUUUCUAAUUUCUACUAGUUAAUUUAAAUCAAGGAUAAUAAUAGUCAAGGAACAUACAAAAAACUGUCACUCAAUUGUGUCCAAAUGAUUGACAAUCCAGACAAACCUCGAAAUCCUCGUUGAUGGACAAUGUUUCUCUCUCUCUCUCUCAUUUACCUUUUUAAUCAAAAUUAAUAAUUAAUGAAAUACAAAGAAUGUUGAUUAACCUAAAUUAGUCUAAAUGGGUUGGAAAACAAAAUUAAUCGGAAAAGCGAGGAAAAUGUGACUACAAUUAACUAAUAAAUCACUGGAAUGAAGGUUUCUCCUUAUUUAAUUGCUCUGGAAAAGUCAAUCAAAACGAUAAUCAAUGGACUAUGGAUCAACUGUAAUGUCCACUCUUGACCCUUCACAAAACUCUCAUUCUAUUGCUUAUUGUAAAUUUAGCAAUAAAAUAAUUAAUUGUAAUUGAAAAAAAUAUCUUCCUUUCUAAAUCAAAGAAAUUGCUAUGGUUUAAUUGUCAUCUUCAUCUGAUUAUUAAUGUAUUUAUACCAAAUAAUUAACUCUCUUGAUUUAUUAUUAA